UCUCCCUGCUCCCCCCUAAGCACACGGACACGUAUCUGCCCGUGUAUCACGCCAACAGAUCGCUGAACUAACGCUCUGGACGCAACUGACCGACGUUGGCAAGCGCAGAUCCGCGGAAGCUACGCUGCUGACGGCUGAGUGUGGAUCAGGAAAGUUGGUUUGCAGAGCUACAUAACCGACAGGAACGCAAACUUCCACCCGCAGGAAACACUGCUCGCGCCUUCAGCUUUCUGGGAAGCACGCGUGUGACCCACAGCAUCGCAACCUAUGACCAGCACAGGACCCCCUUCGCCCGCCACCAGAGUUCCGCCGGAGCGCAAUGUACCAGCUCGUGUUUCGAUGGAGGGCUCAAGGCGAAAUAUUGCCGAUGAUAGGGGCGAAGGAGCACGCUCCGGUGAUGGUGAUGCCACGACCGGGGCGAGCAGAAACCGAGGCCUGCGGCAAGACCACCCUGAACGCGGCGCGGCAUCCGAGGACGACGACAACGAAGACUCUAAGGCAGACUCGGACGGCAUCCGUCGAGGCCCGCUCUCUUCAGCGAGCGAUAGGCCGAAAGGCCAUGCGACAUCCGACAGCAAGGACGAGUUCCCUCUGAUUUCUGUGCCUCUGGACACAUGGGUUGGGCGGUUCGUGCGCAUCACCACCCCGAGGCACAACGGCACAACAGGCCUCGUCCACAGGACGGGCAACGGCUGGGUGAAUCUGCAGACCGCGCUUGGGGACGUUGCCAAGCGCGCGUACGAUCUAGUUGUAAUUCCUGAGGAGAGGGCCAACGUUGGCAGCAUCGGUGGUAUGCUGAAGGCGGACGCAGCUCGCGGCAAGAGAUACAGAGGAGGCCCAAAGGGUGGGGCGGCCGUGGGUAGCAACUCUGGAUCUGGAGACGAAAGGAAGGGUGGUGGUCCGUCGCGUAAUCGCAGCUCGCGCACCACGGCGCGCACUGCUCACUCCAGUUCAGAUUCCAGCGGCGAGGAGGGCGAUGACGGGGACGAACGUAGCAGCGGCCGCUCCACUCGCCGCAGACGAAGGGCUCCCAUGGAUGACGAUAGCGAUUUUGAGGACGCUAUCCAAGGGGACGACGAGGAUGAUGAUGGAGACGACGACCACCGCUAUGACGGCGGGGCCAAUAUGAGAAACGUGUCGAGGGGCGGUGGCAGGGGGUUCCCUGGUGGAGGGAGGAGUCGGACGAUGGCGAAGGGCGGGGUAAGGGAGAAAGGGGACAGGUAUGGAGGGGGGGAACCUGUAAAGUCUUCUGGGAGGAUGUCCAUCACGUUCACACGGCAGGAUGGAGGUGGCGGUGCCAAGCAGAGGGGAAGGGGCGGCGAGUACGAUAGGAUGAGGGAGCGUGAGCGGGGCGGCAGGGGGGAAGCACUCAAAGGUGGAGCCGGCAGAGAUCGGGAUGGAAUGAAAGGAGACAACUUCAUACCGAUCGGCAGGCACAAGGAGAAGGACUCUGAUGUUGGAGGCUCCCGCACCAAGAGAAGGGACGUGAUUUCCCACUCUGCUGCUGGUGAUUCAGAAGACAAACUGGGAGCGGGCGGCUCCUACAGAGAGCGUGUGGACCGCUCGAGCAACAAGCUCGUUGCCGUGAACAAAAAGGACGAGGAGGUGAUAAAGUCGUCAUGGGUUCACCAGAUGCAGAAGGCGAAAGAGCGACCGAAUCUGGUGCAUUGGCGCGAUGAACUAGUGGCUAUCACGAAGGACAGCAGCGAGGACUUUGAGGAUGUCACCCUUAGCGUGGAGCUCAUGAGAGUGCGGUGCGAUGUGUGCUACCAUGAGAAGUCGGUCCAAUAGAGGUGACUAUUGGAUUGGAUUCUCUUGAAGUUAAAGGGCGGACGAACAACACCAAAAAAACAUGGUUCUUUGGGCUCUUUGCUCCACGCCCAAGGCGACCUUUGCUCCUCUUGAAAAAGCGACCCAAUAGCCCUCUACCUUGGGUUUACAGCUAUACUACACAACAAACCGCAUCCGAAUCGCAUCAGCCAACCACGAGAUCUACUUGUCUGAAAACGGCCCCUCCAGGGGGGCUGCAGUGCCCACACCAGCAGACCCUCCCAAAAAAAAAUCGAGGUCCGCGCCGUUCGGCAGCAGGAGGCGCGCUGCGCGAAAGCUGAAUCAAAACAAAACGAAGUUUGAAGAAAGGACGGGGCAGUGUAUGGUUGCCACGUCAGCAGAAGAUAACACGCGGCGCGCUAUCGAACGCGGCAGCCUCCCCGUCGUAGAGAGAACGCUGGAGGAAACGAAGGAGGAGUUGGUCAAAAAUAAGAAAAUUGUGGAAGAGAGCCAGGCUCAACCUCGUUGCCGCCGCCGCCGCCGCCGCCGCUGCUGCUGCUGUUUUUUCAGCAGCAGCAGCGGCGGCGGCAAGUGUCUGCGUGGCUUCACCGCCCGGCUGCUGCCCGGGUGUGUCAUGAGGCAUGUGUUCUAGAGUGGGACCGCGCAAUGGUGUUGUGCUGUGCCACAUAGCAGGGCGCAAAGCACACAGGCGAGCCGCGCCCUCGCGCGUGUGCGUCAGAGGGUCUUUUCGGGAGGUUCCGACGGUUUCGUGCAAUUUCAUUGGUUGGUCGAUUU